GCGUGGGAUUGCCUUUGUAACGGCUCCCACUUAUGGCUUAUUCUUGAUAUUUGGUUGCUGGCUGGCGUUGUUGUCUUGUGCAGAUCUGAGAAAAUUUUCAAGUCAGUUGAAGUCACUUGUAAGACUGUGACAUCAAGGUCAGGCUCAGGGCCCGGAAGAUAAAAGUUGCCGUGCCGAGGAGCAGGAGUGUGGCUCCUGCCUUCACCAGCCUCCCAUCCUCACCGAUAGUAGAGGCAUCAGGAUGUCACCAGCAACGGGUCUCCUGGUGCUCACCCGCCCAGCUGCCAGCAUUGUGGCCAGCCUUCCACGGGUCCUAAGCGCUGCCUCCAAGCAAGUGGGUCGAACUCUCUAUGUGCAUCUUGACCCUUUGGCCCAAACAAAGAUACCCGACACAACCCGACCCCUCACCCUCUACAGUCACAUCGUCAGCAGUGUCUACGCCCGCAGCCCCUCCCUCUGCCGCGGCCUGGAGGUGCGUGUGUUGCUAGCAGGGUUCAAGGGUCCGGUUCCCCACCCCCCCAAGACCCAGCGUCCAAUUGAUGUGUUGAUCUUGGAAGGGGUGACGGGUGAGGCAAGGGUGGAGGUCGAGGGGCGUUACCGAGGGUGUCUGACUAGUGGGGGUGAUGUAGUGGUGAUAGAGGAGUGUGAGGGGGAUGUGGAGACCAGUGAGGGUAGUGGUGGUGUCUCCCUUCCUUCCCCUCUCCCUACGGACAAGGUGUACCCAAGUGUUGUGGUUGGAGGGACAUUUGACCGACCACAUGCUGGCCACUUGGUGUUCCUAUCCACUGCCUUGAUGCGGUGUGGUGACAAACUGACGUGUGGCGUGGCGGACGGUCCUCUGCUAAAGAAGAAGACACUGACCGAGCUGAUCAAGCCAAUAGAGGAAAGGAUGGUAGGGGUUGUGGAGUUGGUAGGGGAGUUAGACCCAACCAUAGACUGCCGUGUGUAUGCCAUAGAGGAGCCCCUUGGCCCUACGCGCUGGGAACCCGAUAUGGACAUGAUCGUGGUGAGCGAGGAGACGAAACGAGGCGUGGAGGCCAUAAACAAGGUCAGGAAGGAGAACGAUUUGCGUCUCCUGGAGGGACACAUCGUUCCUCUGGUGGAAGACGAGAUACGAGAGUCAUCCGAGGAGGAGGCGAAGGUUAGCUCAUCGUCCAUGCGAAUGCGACUCCUCGGAACUGUCCUCCAGGAACCCUUACCGAAUCCCUCCAUACCAAGUCGCCCUUAUGUUAUCGGGCUCACCGGUGGAUCGGCGACAGGGAAAUCAAGCGUGGCCAAGCGUAUCGCGAAGCUCGGAGCGGCUGUGAUCGACUGCGACAAAGUGGGACACGAGGCAUAUCUCCCAGGAACAGCAUGUCAUGAGGCACUUGUCAAGGCCUUUGGGGUGGAUAUCGUAGGGGAGGACGGACACAUCAACCGGCCUGCACUAGCGGCGAAGGUGUUUGGGGACGAGAAGGCACGGACGAGUCUGAACGAGAUCGUGUGGCCAGAGAUUCAGCGUUUGGUGGAGAAAAAAGUGAGUCAGCUUGCCUCGGAGGGUGUGAAGGUGGUGGUGCUGGACGCGGCUGUUCUCCUGGAAGCCGGAUGGGAGAGAAGAUGCCACCAAGUGUGGGUGUGCAUUGUGAAGCGUGAGGAAGCAGUCCGGCGCAUUGUCGAACGAGACGGCAAGACACCGGAGGAGGCAGAGCGACGACUUGACUCACAGAUGUCGACAACCGAGCGCAUCGAGAGAGCCAACGUGGUGUUCUGUACGCAGUGGUCGGGGGAGUACACACAAAAACAGGUGGAGAGGGCGUGGGCUACUCUUUCGGCCCGACUGGUGGAGGCCGGAAGUGGGAGUGAGAAGAGUGUUGAUAAUGCUGUUUCUGGAGGUGGUGAUGAGGGUGGAACGAUAUCACCUCCACCCAAGUCUCGUGUUUAGUUACGUUAGGUUAGGGUAAGGUAAGACAGGCAGGGAGUAAUAGGAAGACAGUGGGAUUAGAAUAUAUGAGAGGAGUGAGUGAAAGAAGGCGAGGAAUAGAGUUUGCAAAAAGAGCAGUGAGGGUGGAACGAUAUCACCUCCACCCAAGUCUCGUGUUUAGUUAGGUUAGGUUAGGGUAAGACAGGCAGGCAGGUAGCAAUUGGGAGACAGUGGGAUCAGAAUAUUUGAGAGAGAUGAGUAAAAGAAGGUGAGGAAUGGAGUUUGCAAAAAGGCCGGUGAGGGUGGAACGAUAUCACCUCCACCCAAGUCUCGUUUUUAGUUAGGUUAGGGUAAGGUAAGGCAGGCAGGUAGCAAGAGAAAGACAGUGGGAUCGAAAUAUUUGAGAGAAGAGAAGUGAAAGAAGGUGAGGAAUAGAGUUUGUAAAAAGGGCAGUUAGGCAAUUUCUCUCCUCAUUAUUUCAUCAUUAGUCAUUCCCAUUUAAUUUGUUUGUUUCAUUCUUUACAUCUUUCCUCUGGAUUUUAUUCCUUCUGAUGCUGAUUAAUAUCGUUUACACAUUAUUUGUUGAUUUUCCAUAUAUUUUAUGAGUUGAUAAUCUUGAAAGGUUUUUAUAUCUAUCUUUUAAACUAUUAAGUGUUGUUAUGUGGCAGCAUCCAUGAACUCCUUCAAUUUUAGAUUUGAUUCAGAUAAUGCUCAUUAUUAAUUUCUACGUCUAUAUAAUUAAUUACAUAUAAGUCAUUUGUGCCAGUGAUCAUAUUUAACCCGUCCACUGUGACUGGCAUGGAUUUGGCCUUCACUGUUAGCCUGGUCACAUACACUCCCAGGUCUUUCUCUGCCUCUGUGGUGGAUAGUGGAGUGUUUCCCAUGUGGUAUUGAUAUGCUGGAUUUCCCCUCCCCAGGUGCAUGACUUUACAUUUUUCUUCAUUGAAUUGUAGCAGCCACUCUUUGCUCCAUUCCUGUAGCUUGGUGAUGUCUUCUUGUAGGAAAUCCACAGUCAAGGGGUUAAAGAACUGUUUGGGUGUCAGUAAGGUCAUGCCAGGGAACAGUCACCUUUGUAUUCAUAAUUAUUUUAGGAUUUAGUAUUACUUUUUGAGAGCUUCUUCCUGUAUGUUUUUUGCACCUGGCCUCCUCAUGCUGGAUUUUCUUUCAAUUAAUUGCCUCUUAUGCUGUUUUUUCGCCCCUUGUUGCCUCUUAUGCUGUAUAAAAGAAGUACGAAGCCAGUCAGUGCCUUCCCCCCCACAGGUUUAGACAGUGCUGAGUGAAGGCCCAAAAAUGUUUACCGUUUUUCAGGAAUAAUUACCGAUAUGUGAUA